GAUAAGAUGGCCAAGUCGGUUGCCGUCAUUGGAGGAGGUCCUGCUGGCCUUGUUGCUGCCAAAACCUUGCUUCAACAUGCAGGCAGCUCCAAAUUUAACGUCACUGUCUUUGAAGCAGCUGAGCGAGUGGGUGGUAUGUGGAGAGGCAUGCCUGGCGAGAUGGGCAAUUACUGCAGCCCUGAGAUGCGGACAAACCUGAGCCGCUACGCGGUAUCCUUCUCAGAUCUGUCAUGGUCGUCAGUAGACUUAUCCGAUCCUUCCACUGGCUCAAAGAAUUCUGGAUCGCCCCCGAUGUUCCCCAAGGCCUGGCAGGUUGGCCGCUACCUAGAAGAAUAUGUCAGGAAGUUCUCGUUGAGCAACAUUAUCAGGUUGAACAGACGUGUCACCGCUGCAGAUCUUGUUGGCGACCCUGGAACAUGGAGAGUAACCUCAAUUGAUAGCCUGACACAAGUGGAGUCGACCGAGUCUUUCGAUUAUCUGAUCGUUGCCAGUGGUUUCUUCGAUCGGCCUGCACAGCCUAUUCUCCGCACUCAAUCGACCAGCUCGGAACCUCCCACCACCACUAUACAGCACUCGUCGCAAUUCCGGGACGUUUCAUCCCUUACAGACAAGCCUGGUAAGAUCUUAGUCAUUGGUGGUGGAAUCAGCGGUGCGGAGGCCGCAGCUACUGCAGCUCUCCAGCUAUCGAGCGCGAGGUAUAGUCCCGGCAAGGACAAGCCCUCGUGGGCCGGCAGUGUAAUUCAUCAUGUCAUGAGUCGGCCAUUCUAUUGUCUUCCCCGUUAUCUUCCUCGGAAUCCAUACAACCCGGCCAUUCAGGGACACAAUCUCUCGCCUUACUUUCUGCCUUUAGACCUCAUCGUGUACAAUCUAAGUGGGAGAGGUGAUGGCCCAAUACAUCCUUCCAACGGCCUGAUGCCGCCUGACAAGGCACAAAAGGCUCAUGAGGCUAUUCGGUUUCUGCUCGGCGGCGAUCAGCGUGACUCAGGUCGUGAGGAACUUGUUUGCAAGCCCCACGUUACGCAGUACCCUGUUUUCACAGCCAUAUCUGAUACCUACAUGGGCUAUGUCAGGUCUGGACUCAUUGUACCGAUCAAAGGUCGAGUGGAAUCUAUAACACAGCAUGCCGAUCAGUCAUCCCUCGGCGAGCGUUACAUUGCUACAAUCAUCUCCGAGGGUAUCUUUGCGGAUGAGACAAAGAAUCGCAGUACUGUGGACAAUGUUGUCGGUGUUAUUGAAGCUACCGGCUACCAAGUGCAUCUCGACUAUCUUUCGAACCGGGUAAAAGAGAGGCUGGACUACGACCCCGAAUGCUCCCGCGUGCCGUUUUUGCUCUCUUCCGGCUCCAUAUUCAAUCCCAACGUCACUGGCAUGGCUUUUGUUGGGUUCUACGAGGGGCCAUAUUGGGAGGUGAUGGAAACGCAGGCUCGCAUUGUUGCACAGGCAUGGGCUGAUACAUCGGCGCGUGAGACAAAAGCGCCAGACAUGGACAUGUCUCAAUCUCGUUCUGUGCGAGAAGCUGUAAAGCGUGGUGCUCCAGAGGUUCCCCAAUUCUGGAUGGCAGACUACGUUGGCCUAGUAGAGGAAUUCGCAAGGAUCGCAGGUGUGGUACGACACGAUCUGAGCUUCGACGGUCGGCGGGAAGGUCCGGCUUUCCCAGCACGGUAUUGUGCUACGGACAAUGAAGAAGCUCUGAGCGUGGUUCGCGAGGUUGCAGACACCCUUCAAGCAUCGGAGCACAAUGCGCGUUUCAUCGCCGCGGCUGCUUUUCGAGCCAUGCAGGGUGAAUGGGUUCUACGAAGAAAAAUUGACUCCCGUCACGCCGCGAUGCCAGGCGGCACUUUCAAAGGCAAAGCACACCUGCAUCCCCGAGUCCCUACAGCGGACGCAUACACAGCCGAAUACCUGUACAUAGAGGAAGGCAAUCUGACGAUGGACAAUGGGCUGUCUUUCGCUGCUUCGAGACGCUAUGUCUACCGAUAUCGGGAAAGUACAGAUACGAUUACGGCCUGGUUUGUUGAAGAAGAUGGCUUGACCACAAGCACGCUCUUCAAUACCUGGGAGUUCUACGCCCCGGAGGAUACACAAAAAGGUUGGUUGGCGAAGGGGCACCACUGGUGUACCCCAGACACAUACAAGAACAAUUGCGAGUUCCGCUUCCAAGGUGUCAAUCUGGAAUCUUUUGGAAUUACCUACGAGGUUUCCGGGCCGAAGAAGGAUUACUCACAUGAGAGUUGGUACAGCCGGUCCCCGUUGGCUAGCGUAUAA